AAGGUACAUGUAUGUGUGUUAUUUUGAUUAACUUCAUAAUUGUUUAUACUACUAGUUGAUAGUAAGACUGGGUAGAGCAUUAAGAAGAGGAGAGAAAAGAAUUAAAUUAUAUUUAUUACAAGUUAAAAAUACAGAAUUUUGUAAGUAUAUGAUGUACACUAUUUAUGCUGAGGGUACACCAGUGAGAGAAUUUAAGAAACAAGUUAUUGAAGAAGCAAAAGUACAAGAAAUAGAAAUUGACUGUGUCCUUGAAUUAGACAAAAUGAGAUUACGUAACAAGAGAGGAGUAUCCCCUGGUAGAGUAUAUUUUGAUGAUGAGUGGAUUAAUACUAGUAGAGAAAUGUAUGUGGAACCAUUGAAAGGACCAGAGAAGAAGUAUAAAGCACAGAGACAGGUGUAUGUUAUAAGAUGGCGUCCAUCACAAUGUUCAGUUGAUCCAAUAGAAGAAAUUAUACUGGAUAAUGAUGAUCCUAAACAUAGUGCCUCUCCCAAUGGUUAG